GAGAGAGAGAGAGAGAGAGAGAGAGAGAGAGGGGAAGGUGGUGGAUCCUUUAAAGAGAGACUCGUGGAGGCUCUACUGAAACGAUACGUGGAACAAAGCUGACACAAAAUGGCCCCAACAUCUUCUUCUUCUUCUCCGCCUUAUAACGUCGAUACAUUCAUAAAGGUUUCGCAUUCCUGCAUGCUAUCGGUUUAUCAUCAAUUGUAGAGUCCGGUUUAGUUUUGUUGUAGAGAAACAUGGCGGAGACGACGAAGGUGAUGUACAUAGUAGUGGUCGACGACGACGACUAUUUUGAUACAACGACGGCGAUUGUGGAAGAAGACGGAACCGGGAAUUGGAAAGAUUCGUUCCGGUAUACGCGUCCGGUUUUACAGAGUACUCUUCAGCUCAUGGGUUGCAAAGCCCGUCACGCCUUCAAGAUUAGCCGGAGGGUUUUUGAGCUAAUAAGAAGUGAAGGCUCCUUAAAACUUUCUCCCACGCAUGGGAAAGAAUCUGUAUUUGACAAGACGUGUGAUGCUGCUUCAGCUUGUGCUGGUGUAGAAAAGGUUAGCUUUUCGUCUACUACCGAUGAUGUUGACAAGAGUAAAAGUAAGCCCUUUGAGAUGCAUAAAAGGCGCACAACCGUUGUUGUUCCACGAGAAAUAUUCGUUAACGUUGUCUGUCACGCUCUCGCUGAAUAUAAGUACGUGGGUCAUGACCAAAGAGCAGACUUGAUCCUGGCCUGCAAGAUUCGAGAAAGAAAAGAAUCUGUGACUGUUCUACUAUGCGGUACUAGUGGCUGUGGCAAAUCUACACUCUCCGCACUUCUGGGAAGCAGGCUGGGGAUUACAACGGUUGUCUCAACCGACUCAAUCCGUCACAUGAUGAGGAGUUUUGUUGAUGAGAAGCAGGAUCCUUUGCUGUGGGCUUCAACUUACCAUGCUGGAGAGUAUCUUGACCCUGUGGCAGUCGCAGAAUCAAAAGCCAAAAGAAGAAGAGCCAAAAAGUUGGAUAAUUAUGGAAAAUCAACAGUUGAGGAUGAUAAACCAACCACCACUACCACUGUUGCAGCUUUGUUAAGUCACAAGCAGAUGGCUGUGGAAGGAUUCAAGGCUCAAAGUGAGAUGGUGAUUGAGAAUCUCGAUAGGCUCAUUACAGCUUGGGAAGAAAGGAAAGAGUCUGUGGUUGUUGAAGGUGUCCAUCUAAGCCUUAACUUUGUGAUGGGACUGAUGAAGAAACAUCCUUCGAUCGUUCCUUUCAUGGUUUACAUCUCGAACGAGGAGAAACACUUGGAACGGUUUGCAGUCAGAGCCAAGUACAUGACCCUAGACCCAGAGAAAAACAAGUACGUCAAAUACAUACGCAACAUCAGAACAAUACAGGACUACCUCUGUAAACGAGCUGACAAACAUCUCGUCCCCAAGAUAAACAACACCAACGUCGACAAAAGUGUGGCUGCCAUCCACGCCACGGUCUUCUCCUGCUUACGUAGGCGUGAAGCAGGAGAGCAGCUCUAUGAUGCCACCACGAAUACCGUCUCUGUGAUCGACGACGAGUACAGGAACCAGUGUACAGCUAACUCGUUGAGUUCCAAAGGAAUGUUUCAGCUGAUUCAAAGACAAGGCUCUUCUAGGCAUCUAAUGGCUCUUCUCAACACCGAUGGAACUUUCUCAAGGACUUGGCCUCUUGGUGGUAAGGUUGAUGAGACGAUGGAGGGGAAUGGAAUGGUGCAUCCGGUUUAUGGAUACUUGCAGAAAGCUGAACCGGUGAAUCUUCAGUUUGGUUUGUUUGGGAUUAGUGCUUGGCCUAGUGAUGGAGCCACGAGCCGUGCAGGGAGUGUAGAUUAUGACUCUAGAGCUGACUUGGGGGAAAAUGGAAGUAGGCAUUACUCUUCUUGCUGCAGUUCUCCUAGGAUGUCUGAAGGAACUUCCAAAGAGCUUAAGGAGGAGCAGUCUGUGCAUGGUAGCGAUGAAGAAGCCGAGGACGAUGCUCCUGAUGAGCAAGAUACUGAUUUUAGCGAUGAUGAUGAUAACAAGCAAGACCAUGAAGAGGUGGGAUCAGUUGAUGAGCAAUCUACAAAGUCAGAUGAGGAGUACGAUGAUCUUGCAAUGGAAGACAAAAGUUACUGGACGGAUAACGAGGAAGAGUCACGAGAUACAGUGGAGGUAAUGUCUGAGGAAAAACACAAGCCGGCGACAAAAGAUGAAAAAUACGUACAGAACUUAGACCUUUUUCUUCGUACAGCUGCGAACAAGCAGCUGGUGGAGCCGCUUGAGCUAUGUGCAUCGCUGUUCACGUGUGAGAAUGGGAACACAAGACGCUUGUCGGGUAAAGAGAAGAUGAAGAAGCGUUCUCUUAGCAUCUCGGCUCUUGGAAAACACGGGUCGGGUUUGGGAGAUACGAUUGUCUUGGGUGCCCCAUGAUCCUUUGCAAGUAAAUUCCUGAGUUCUGUGUAGUCUGUAGUUUAAGUUUUGUGUGUGUGUGUAUAGUUUUAACGUGUCUCAAACUUUGGGGUUGUCUAAAUACGCUUUUUCUUAUUCUUGUCACUUAAAGAGUUUAGAUUCUAACU